CGUUUCCACUCUAACAAACUCAGCCUUUGUAGUCCAAGAGGCGUAGCGAUACUUCAAGCAUCUUCUUUUUCACUUCAAGAAUGGCUGGUGAUCAAGUAACCCUGUUGGAUUUCUGGGCAAGUCCAUUUGGUAUGAGAGUGAGAAUAGCAUUGGCUGAAAAGGGUGUAAAGUACGAGUACAGUGAACAAGAUUUGAGGAACAAAAGUGCUUUACUUCUUCAAAUGAAUCCUGUUCACAAGAAAAUCCCAGUUCUUGUCCAUGAUGGAAAACCUAUUUGUGAGUCACUUAUCAUUGUUCAGUAUAUUGAUGACGUGUGGAAGGACAAGGCUCCUUUGUUGCCUUCUGAUCCUUACCAGAGAGCUCAGUCAAGGUUCUGGGCAGAUUUUGUUGACAAAAAGUUAUAUGACCUUGGGAGGAAGAUAUGGACAACAAAAGGAGAAGAUCAGGAGGCAGCCAAGAAGGAUUUCAUCGACAGCCUCAAGCUUUUGGAAGGGGAGCUUGGAGACAAGCCUUAUUUUGGUGGCGAGACCCUCGGCUACGUUGAUGUAGCACUACUUCCUUUCUAUUGCUGGUUUUAUGCCUAUGAAACAGUCGGCAACUUCAAUAUAGAGGCUGUCUGUCCAAAGCUGAUUGCUUACUGUAAGAGGUGCUUGGAGAAAGAGAGUGUAUCCAAGUCUCUUGAAGAUCCACAGAAAGUCUCUGAUUUCGUUGUGAUGAGGAGAAAGAUGCUUGGGCUUGAGUAAUAUGCAUCCGAAGGCAAGGACGAGCUAUUUCCCGUUGAGAAGUUGUACUUAUGUUGUGUGUGAUUUAUGUUUCAAAUAAGGCUGGCACUUAGUUGUGACUGUAAUAUUCUGAGGUACUUUAUUGUGCCUGAAAUACGAUGUGGUUUUUCUCUUUGUAA